AACUCCCACCGAGGCUAAAGUUGAGGGUUUCUUUUUACAUAUUGGCAAAAGAUUACGACCUCACAACACUAUAUUUGUAUUCGUGAGAAUAAGACGUGAUGGUCCGUAAAAGUCGCCCUUUUUAGGCCUCGGGAUCCAGGUGACAAGAGUCACGUGACUCGCCACUUGAUUGACUCCAGUUGAGGAAAAACUCAAUUUCGGGUCGACUCCACUCGGACUUGUGCCACUAAACAAGUCGCGUUGUGGAAAUAAUGUGCCUUUUGUUUUCGACAAAAGUUGAGUUGAGUUGCGGCGGAAGAAGAAAGGGAAGGAUUUUGAUUUUGAUUUUUUUUUUGUUGCCGGACUGACGUCGGGGGGGAGCGACACGCAAAGUUUGCGAGUGUGAACGAUCAAAGUUGGACGAGGUGCUCCGUUGGCGGUCUGUCCGAUGCAGCCCCGUUCAGCCGCCCGCAUGAACGUCUCCAAAGCGCCGCCCCCGCCCCCGCCCCCCGCCGCCUCCCACCUGGCCAUCCCUCCCCCCUCGGCUUCCUCGCCCUCGCCGUCGGUCUCGCCCGUGAAGAUUUCUAUGCAGGAGCACUUUGCCAUCAACGUGUGCCCGGGCCCCAUCCUCCCCAUCCCGCAGAUCUCAGACUUCUUCCCCCGUUUCCACGACUACCCUUGCACGCCGCCGCCUCCGCGGGAAAAGAAGAUCCCGAGGGAGGAGACUUUCAACGGCGGCUUCAAAGAAGGCGAGAGGCCGGGGGACGACGGCGCCGGCGCCGGCGGGGACGGGGACGGGGACGGGGUGGCCGACUCCGACGAUGACGACACCUAUUUGGGGACUUUGGAGUUCUCGCUGCUCUUCGAUCAGGAGAAUAACUGCCUCCAUUGCACCGUUCACAAGGCAAAGGGACUGAAAGCCAUGGACUCCAACGGGCUGGCCGAUCCCUACGUCAAGCUUCAUCUUCUUCCCGGCGCCAGCAAGGCCAACAAACUUCGCACAAAGACUCUGAAGAACACGCUGAACCCGGUCUGGAACGAGACUCUGGUGUAUCACGGAAUCACGGCGGCCGACAUGACCACCAAGACGCUCAGAUUGUGCGUCUGUGACAUGGACCGACUGGGCCGGAACGAAUUCAUCGGUGAGGCGAGAGUGGCCCUGAAGAAGCUCCGAGAGGGCGACAACAAGCGUUACAAUAUGGGCCUGGAGAGAAGUGCGCAGAACAAAGACUGGAACAAUCCAGCGGCGGUGGAGGCGGGAGCGCCGCUGGCCGAGGAGGAGCGAGGACGCAUCCUGGUGUCGCUGUGCUACAUGACGGAGAAGAGCUGCCUGCUGGUGGGCAUCGUGCGCUGCGCCCAUCUGGCCGCCAUGGACUCCAACGGCUACUCGGACCCCUUUGUGAAAAUCGUCUUGCAGCCGGACAUGGGGAAGAAGUCCAAGUACAAAACGUCGGUGAAGAAGAAGACCCUCAACCCCGAAUUCAACGAGGAAUUUUCCUACGACGUGACUCUGGACUUGCUGGCUAAGAAAACGCUGGAGAUCUCCGUAUGGGACUACGACUUGGGAAUGAGCAACGAUUUCAUAGGUGGCGUGGAGCUGGGCAUCAACGCCAGCGGACAGAGACUCCGACACUGGUUCGAGUGCCUGAAAAACAAAGGCAAAAAAGUGGAGUACUGGCACACGCUGACUCAGCAGGGAGCCCCCAGCGCCGACAAAACCGACUAAAUGCAAUAACAGCGCCGGUUCUGACGGUUUGCGCAUUCCACCUCGUCAUUCACCGAUGUCCUCGUUCACUUGUACAGCUCACCGAGAGAUGAAUUGUGGGCCUGAUUUACUCUUGAGAACGUCCGUUAGAUGGACUCCGGUCCGAAAUUGCAGCGGCGGGCAACGUGCCGCAAAUAAUGCUUGCGACAAGGAGGUGCACGCUCCGGUCCCAAAGCUUACGGCACCCGCUAUUCCCGUCCGAGUACGGAUGGCCUUCUUGUCCAACGUCAAACCUCGCAAAUGAGCUCGUGGGGAAAAAGUCACCCAUUCCCGUAAACCCUUUCUGAAAAUCGGGGGGGGGGGGGGGGGGCGCUGCGCCGAUACUUUUGUGUGGGUUUAUUGGAGGCUCGCCAACUCGCCACAUUUGGGAGGCGAUCUGGACCAAAAUCGCCGCAUUCUUCAUUUCAGCAACAAAGUCAGCUCAAUUCUGAUUUUUGGGCUCAAUCCCUUUUGAACCCAAUCGGGUUUUUUUUUUUUUUUUUCAAGCCGGUUUUUGUGUGCGCUCAGGUUUCCUCACAUUUUGUCUUCUGAAGUAUCUCCGAAACUGGACAGCGUCAGUGACGCCGUCGUCGGACCUUCUUGCGCAAGCGAACUUUUGCUAAAUCAGACCCAACGGCGUCAGCGCAGCCUCGCCGGCCGGUACCCGACGAUGACGAGCACAAAAAAAAGGAUCCCGUCGGUGGAUUUGUUCCUCGUGUCGGUGGUUUCGAGGUUUUGUCCGUCUUUGCAUUUGUGACUCUGUAAUGUGUGCGUGCGGUGGCUCCAUUUUCUGUCUUCACGCGGCGCUCGUUCGGAAAUUGACAAGCCAACUUCAAGAGGCGGGAGGCCGACGAUUACGGGACAGAAGCACAAGAAAGCGCCCUCGGCCUUUUUCUAUUUGCUCCAUUUCGUUGGCCUCUCAAAUUUGUUUAGUCAUCAUUUUUGCCUUUUUUUUUUUCCAUGUUGACGGCUCAACAAACUUUUUGUUGCUGUUGUUUUACGAACAACAAAUUCACCAAAAGAUAAUCCGCGAGCCGUGAGCGAUCACAAAAUCGGUGCGACGGUGAUUGCGUCUUCUGUCCAAAUUGCUCGUCUUCAGUUCCGAGCCUUUGUAACCUUUGGACGGCGCAUUUUGCCGGGGCGCCCGCGGGGGGGUUGGGGGGCGAACGACGUGCCCGCCGAGCGUCGGGCCUUUCCGUGACGAACGUCGAGCUUUUCAUUGUGACGUCAAUAAACGAUGCAACUGGGCCCGCGAGUGUUCUUGGACCCCCGUCACAUCGGGACUUCACGUGAGGUGGCUUCUUUUGGUACGACCGCCCUCGACAGGUCUUCGCUUCUCAGGUUGAUUUUCACGCACUUACGUGGCAGAGGCGAAAGUUUGCCCAGCCGAACGCAAGCGCGCGGAUGUGCCGCGGCCGCCGUCGGGCUGGCGUUUCUCAACGCGGAUCCGACCUCGGGCCCUUUCCGUGCGGAUCUGGAUCCACGGCUGGCGAUUGGAUUCCGUUCAAAAACGAGAGCCGAGGCGUUCCUUGCGGACAAAUGAACUUUUGCGCCCGGAGAUGGCGGUUAUCAAGACCCUUGACUUGAUUUAGGCAAAUUCUAUCCAAUGCCACCUGUCUUUGCCAAAGUUCAGCCGUUCUCAACACCGCUUUUCCCGUUUGGGGGCGCCACGGCCCGUCUCGGCUGAAAGACGGGACAAUCUGAACUGGGUCACAGGGCACACGUCGCACUUGCUUUCUCAACCUCACUGCAAGCUUGAACUUUUUAUGGCUAAUCGCAAUAUUUGCUUGAUUUUCACAACCAAUCGACCAAUUCAAGCAAGACAUCGCGACAAAACCUGAACCGGUCCUGGUCGCCAGCCAAUCGCAGGACACGCGCAAACAAACCUUCACAUCCACCGGCAAUCAGGAGUCUUCAAACAACCCAGCACGCCUGUUUUGGGGAUGCGGGCGGAGCUGGGAUGUCGACCCGCAACCUCUAAAUUGUGAGGUGUGUAAAAAAGAAUUUGGUCCGAAGUCCAGACCAAAAAAAAACUAGUGAAACCAAAAGCAUUUCGUCGUCGUACCUGUUGGUGAAGGACGGGCAGGCGGGCGGUUCCGCGGGCCGCCAGAUCACGCCGAUCACGUGACGGCCCGGUCAGAACAUUAGGGACACCCGUGGAAUGGAAAUACAAAGCGAACGCAACUCGGAUACGUUUCAAGAAACGAUGAAACGAUUUCACAGAAGCACGUUACCAAUUUAAAAGUAGAAUGCGGCCCCAAGAAAAAAAAAAAAAAAAGCAAAUGUUCUGGCCUUUCCGGUGCUAUUUUUGAUGACAUAAAUGAUGUCCGCGUCGGGUCACGAGACGAAAGAAAGACGCGAAAAGAUUCGUCAACGAGACGAGGAGCCCCCCCCCCUUUCCCCCC